GUUGACAGUUCCGACUCGAACGAGGAUCGAAACGAUACCCCGUAAAGUUGUUAGUGCAAAUUCUAAUAAAAAUCUUAUUAGAACCUCAAGACAUCGUUGAUUUCUUUUUGUGAUACGAAGAUACGCUACGUCGACAGUAAAAUGGUGUACCAACGUGAACCGACUGUGGUGGGAGUGCCCAACUUCAAUGCGACCGAGGAUGCGGCCGCCCUAAGAGCCGCCAUGAAAGGUUUCGGCACAGACGAGCAGGCGAUCAUUGACAUCUUGACCACACGCUCCAAUGCCCAGCGACAAGCCAUCGCUAAGGCAUUCACUCACGAAUAUGGCAGGGACAUCAUUGAAGACCUAAAGUCUGAGUUAGGCGGUCAUUUCGAAGAUGUUAUUGUUGCCCUGAUGAUGCCCCCUGAAGAGUACCUGUGCAAGGAGCUGCACAAGUGCAUGGAGGGCAUGGGCACGGAUGAAGACACCCUCGUCGAGAUCCUCUGCACCAGGACCAAGCCCGAGAUUGCUGCUAUCGUGCAGGCUUAUGAAAGGAUGUACGACCGUCCCCUGGCCGAGCACAUGUGCUCAGAGACCUCCGGUGACUUCCGACGUCUGCUGACCCUCAUUGUCACUUCGUCCUCUCGACAGGGGGCGCGGGACGAGGAGGUCGGAGUCGACCCUGAGAAGGCAAGGGAGGAUGCACAAGCGCUGUUCGAUGCUGGGGAGGCCAAGUGGGGGACUGAUGAGGAGGUCUUCAAUAGGAUCCUCGCCCACGAGAGCUUUGCCCAACUGAGCCAGAUCUUCGAGGAGUACAAGAACAUCUCCGGCCGUACCAUCGAGCAAGCCAUCAAGGCAGAGAUUGGAGGAGAGCUGAAAGACGCGCUCUCUGCUAUUGUGGAGUGCGUGGAGAAUGCGCCCGCCUGGUUCGCGGCCCGACUCCGCAACGCCAUGCAGGGCGCCGGGACUUCGGACGAGGUCCUCGUCAGGGUCAUCACCAGCCGCGCCGAGAUAGACCUCGGCUCCAUCAAGGCAGAGUACGAACGAUUGUAUGAUAAGACCGUCCAGAGCGACCUCUCGCAGGGUGAAACUUCUGGAGACUACAAGCGCGCCCUGGUGGCGCUGCUGGGACCUGUUUAAGUUCGAAGAUGAGGACUUUUCCUGCAGGAAACAAGUAAAUGGAGAUCUAAAAAGUUUCCACCCCGGUUGAAAAUUGGGAUGUAACUCUGUUUGAUCUAAAUCGUAACAGAAUCCUGUCAAAUAUAGGAUAGAUUGAGAAAUCCUGAAUAGUCUAUCAAUACUCGAAUGUUUGUAAUCUCUUCGUUUGGCUCUAUAGACCUCCAUUUAUUUGAGAAACCUGAAAAAUUAAGCUUCUGUGUCUUGUGCUGCUUAAUUGUAGAAUAAGUUACUUUAUGUCAAAUUGUCUUUUACGAUAGUUUGCAUAUUAGCACCAUGUUACAUAUUUUAACAAUAUUUAUGUAUUCGGUCUAAUUGGACCUAAAACUCUGUAGUACAUAAUAUUAUGUUUAGUUUUAAAAUAUUAGUUUUAAGCUCUAAUUUGCUGGUUUAGGUAUACCUAUCUUUUCGAAGAAACUGAUUUUUAUUGAAUUGAUUUAAGAAGUAUCGAACAUUAUAUUUUAAUCGAAUAUUGAAUUGUUAAAGAAGUAUUAUAUUGAUAAGUUGUUAAAAAUAAAUAAAAUAUUUAUUACAUAUAAUAGAAUCUCCAUUGUAUUUGCCUAAUAAUUCUACAUAAUGACGAUAACCCCCGAAGUAUACGACUGAUUUUACUAAUCUGUGCAACGAAUUUCGCUGCUGAUCAAUUUUGAACCUUAUUUCCUACACAGUGAAGUUAAAUAAUGAUCGGUUUGCGAAUGUUAGCAUAUUAUGUAUGCUUAUAAUGCUUAUUUUAUUAGUAGUUAUAUUAGAUCGAUAGUACAUUGAAUGUUAGCACGCACUCCUGCCUUAGCAGUGCCUUUAUUUCACGAAAUAAUAUUUCAACAGAAAAUUAUUAAUAUUUUAAUGUCCCAGGGACGAAAAUUUAGAAUUGUCAAUUCGAUUUGUAGCUUUACGCAUUGUUGUUAUUUAAUUGGAUAUUUAUUUAUAAAGAUGUUUAUUAUUUAUCAGAGUUCCAUUCCAUUCGAAUCGUUUAUUUUGUAGCUUUAAUUUACAAAUAAAAUAUUAAUGUGUA